AUGGCCUCGGGCGGGGCUCAGCGACGGAUAGUGCGAUGCCCGGGUUGCGGCCAGGCUCAGCGGAAGGACUGCGACGGAAAUGGCCGCUUGCUAGGCGGCAUCGCACAAGUGUUCGAUGAUUCCCCCGUGAAGGCCUACAGGGUUUGCCCUCGAUACAAGGGCAGGUACCAAAGGCGGGGUCAGAAGUUUGACAACCUUUUUGACCCCGACGUUGAAGGCAAGGAGCGCAACGCUCUGUUGGAGGUUCCCGCCACCUGGCGCUCACUGACAAAGAUUCGGCUGCGGGAACUUCCAGACGUGGGUUCCAGGCCAACAGGUGAAAGCCUUGGCCCCUAUGAGAGUUUUCAGGUUGAAGAUGUGAUUCGGAAAGAUGGCCAGCAUUUUUUGAAACUAGCCGGAAAGACGGGCUGGGCAUUUGAUCGUGGCAUUGUGGGAGCCUGGGAUGGCAAACCCAUUUGUGAACGCUUGGGCUGA